UUUUUGCAUGCAAUUAAUUGCGUUACUAUGUAGUGAUUAACAAGUUACUGGAGCGUGAGAAAUGUGCUAGAGCAUUUUAAAUGCAUUGGAAUCUGUUGUCUGAAAGAAAGUGCAUGUAUCGGCUCGGCUUACGUUUUAUGUAAAAAGCAUGGCCGGAUGUCGAAAGUAGACGGAGGCAGGAUAGUUGGUGGCUACAGCACGACGAUACAACAGGUCCCAUACCAGGUGUACAUGAUAGUGCAGAAGCCAGGCAACAAGUAUUACCAGUGCGGAGGGUCUAUCAUCGGCCCGCGAUAUGUUCUCACUGCAGCGCAUUGCCUGACUGGGGUGAUAAGAGUGUACAUCCGAGCGGGUAGCACAGAGUCUGAUACCGGUGGUAAGGUGUACACUACGUCACUUUACACGCAGCACCCCCGCUACAAUGCUGCGAACUCAGAUUAUGACGCGGCCGUAAUACGGCUGCUACAGAAAAUAACUUUGGAUGGAACAAACACGAGGGCCAUCUUGCUGCCACCUCCGAACACGGCUGUCCAACCUGGUACCGAUAUUCUGGUGUCCGGAUGGGGUACUACUUCUGAAAACGGUAACACUAGUCGCAACCUGAUGGCGGUGACGGUUCCGGUGGUUGCCACGUCGGAAUGUGAGAGGGCCUACAAUAACGCCAUCACCGCCAGGAUGUUCUGCGCUGGCGUUUCGGAAGGCGGAAAAGAUUCUUGCCAGGGAGACUCGGGCGGCCCUGCGGUGGACGAGAGCUCUGGACUCCAGGUGGGAGUGGUUUCGUUUGGUCGGGGCUGCGCUCAGCCCGGUUAUCCCGGGGUGUACACCAAUGUAUCCAAUGUCAGGGACUUUAUUAAGAGACAAACCGGUGUUUAAAAUAUGUAUUACAACGAAAUAGUUCGAGCAUGGCAAUAUAAACAUUUGAUAUCUUAAAGAUACUCGUAUAAGUGAGUUUUUUCACUUCUCUAAAUCAGUCUGCAUACAUACAUACAUACAUACUUAUGCAAUAAAUAAAAAGUUUAUUUAAAUUCAGUUUUUUGUCUUUUUAAUUAUAAACUGUAAUAUAUGUCAUAUACCUAUUAAAGAAAAAGUGACGAAGCCCUCCAGCUUACUUUUUAAAUUUAUUACAUUUGAAUAAAAUUGAUUUGUUUCGAUGCGUUUAAAGAAAUUCAUAAACUUUAACUUAACUACUAGUCAAUUGCCUCGCAAUAUUAUAGUCAAGUUGACUAGUUCGCAUGUUCGAGUUUAGCCAAGCGCUAAUGAAUUGUACUGGAUACAAUAAAAGUUUUAAGCUAAAUUCAACUUUAAGAUGUCAUGUAAAAACUGUAAUAGACAAUAAACACAAAUCAAAAUAUUUAAUAAAAUAAUUUGAUUUGUUCCCAAACUUGUUCAUGUCAUGUAAACAUUAAACGAUAACAUCAACUCAGUACAUUUUCUGAAUCUUCUGCAAAAAUAUU